AUGAGUGAGCCGCAUCACCGACAGCUAAAGUCCACGCGUUUCAUUUGGUCGGGUUUCAAUACCACGUUCGAAGAUAAAGAGCUCCAGCGUCGUACACGCGAUAAAAUCGAGCAGAUGAUGGAACAAGCCACAGCGGAAAGCGCAGAUACCAAUUCCUUGAUCGCCAUGAAGGUGCUGAGCCAAUUUUAUCUGGACUAG